UGGUCCUUUGUGAUUUCUUGGAUUCGCAGCAACGUUGCGAAACCAUCGCCCAAAUCUCAUUUGAUUGUGACAUUGUAACGAAAUAUACCUAAUUCAUCAAUCUUCAUAAACCUAUCAUCAUCAUCAUCAUAUUGAAUACAACAUUAUUGUAAACAAAGAAAUAAUCCUUCUUGUUGUAUAUAAGGUAAAGGUAAAAUACAUGCACAAUAUUUAAAAAUUGUAAAAUUAUUACGUUCUUGAUUGUGUACGUGGGAAAUUAGGCAGCAAAUUUGCAAUUCUCCUGCUUUUGAUCAUGCAUCUAAUUCUCUCUGGAAUGGGUUUUCCUUAGAAAGGGUAAAUUCUACAUUAUCUUGGAUUUCUCUAUCUUUUUCUUGAUUUUAGUGUGUGGGUAUUCAAAUGUUUCUGUUUGGUGUUGUGGGUGUUUCUUGAAAUGCAUUUGGCGAUCUGGGGUACUUUUGUUGUGGUCAUAGUUUCCAGUGAUAAUCAUUAUUUGGCAGUCUUCUUUAGAAAGAUUGAUUUUUUUUUUUACUCUGAUAAGGUUCUGCAAUGAGUGAAGGAUUGUUCUCAUGAAUUAGUUAAAGGGAGAAAUUGUUAGCUGUAUUCUUCUUUAGACCUAACACUAAAUUCUGUAUCCUUGGAUAACAUUGUGAUUUCGCGUAAAAAGUUGAGCAUUUGAUACACAAUCUGAUAUGUUUCUGACUGAUUCGGGGAAAGCUCGAGGUUUUUGUUAUGUUGAAAGUCCUAGGUGUUUAACUUGGGAAUGGUGUGUGUAUACUAUUAGUGAAUUGGUUGGUGAGUUCGGAUGUUGUAAAUAGGUUUUGGAAUAAGAGGAAGCAAUUUACUGCAUAUUAGGGAUCUUAGUUUUAUGUCAGCAAGUCGAAUGUUCUUUUCUUGAUGUUUGCAAAUAUUGAAAGUGUAUAAGAGAUGUUGUAAAUGUAGUAAGCUUUGGUGGUGGUGAGAUGUUAAAUUUUAACCCUCCACCUCCAAGUUAUAGAAUUUGAAAUUCCACUAGUUGUGACUUCUUCUCCGGGCUCGUUACUCUCUUCCAACAAAUGUAAAAUAGUCUGUCCUAGCCUCGCCACCAAUCUCACAACCUAUAAUGGAUUCUUCACCACCUCAUAAAGAAUCUGCUCCUCCAACUGAGGUCUCGCCUCCAACAUUUAGUCCUCCACCUACACCUUCUAGUCCACCUGAUAGCUCACCACCACCUCCAUCUUCUAGUCCACCUCCUAGUUCACCGCCACCUUCACCUUCUAGUCCACCUCCUAGUUCAUCCCCACCUGCAUCUUCUAGUCCACCACCUAGUUCACCACCACCUCAAUCUUCUAGUCCGCCACCGGCCUCACCUCCACCUGUACCAACUCCUCCUUCUCCUGUCAGUUCACCUCCACCAACAUCAUCACCUCCCCUUGCAUUGUCACCUCCGCCACCCAUACAGAAUCCAGAACCUCCUCCAGCACCACAAUCACCUGGAAAUUCAUCUCCACCGCAAUCUCCUGAUCCUCAAAAAGGUUCUUCACCUUCACCACCUUCAUCCAACUCACCUGGGGAUGGAGGUGGAUAUGGAGUUUCACCACCAUCCCCAACAUCUAAGCCAUCAGAAAAUUCGGCUCCUUCCCUAGCCUCAGGCCCUCCUAAAGAUUCACCACCUUCACCAGCUGCAUUAUCUCGCAGUAACUCACCAUCUUCUGAUUCCCCUUCAAACUCAUCAACACCAACAUCUGUAACACAAUGGUCACCACCACCUCCAUCCUCUAAUGGUGCACAACCUUCUCUUACUCCUCCUUCAUCACCAGUUCCUAAUGCUGAUGCUAGUAAACAUAGUUCCAGAAACCAUUCAGCAGAAAGUCCAAAGCCUGCUGGUGGAAACGGCAAUGGUACUGCAGGGAUGGUUUCUAUUGGCAUUGUAAUUGUUCUUUUAUUGGUUGGUAUCAUCGGAGUAGCUGGAUGGUGCAUACGGAAGCGAAAGAAGAAGAAUUCUAUCCAUUGUAGUGGUCAUGUCAACCCGAUCUCCUCGUGUUCCUCUCCAAAAUCAGAGUCUGCUUUAUUGAAGGUUGGGGAAUCAAUACCUGAGAGAAACGGAACUAGCUCCAAUUUCCUCAGUUCUCCAGCGGACCCUGGCAGAUUCAACAGUGCAAAGACAUGGUUUACUUAUCAAGAAUUAGUUGAGGCCACUAAUGAUUUUUCAGCAAAAAAUGAAUUAGGGAAGGGUGGAUUUGGUUCUGUAUACAAAGGCUAUCUAGCAGAUGGAAGAUAUGUUGCGGUAAAGCAGCUAAAUAUUGGUGGAAACCAGGGCGAACGGGAAUUCAGAGCUGAAGUUGAAAUCAUUAGCCGUAUACACCAUCGUCAUUUGGUUUCACUUGUAGGUUAUUGCAUUUCAGAGAACAAAAGGCUCCUCGUUUAUGACUAUGUCUCCAAUAAUACCCUUUACUUCCAUCUUCAUGCACAAGGGAGGCCUGUCAUGAAUUGGGCAACACGUGUUAAAAUUGCUGUUGGCACAGCUCGUGGAAUAGCUUAUCUGCAUGAAGAUUGCUAUCCUCGUAUUAUUCACAGGGACAUUAAGUCAUCAAACAUUCUUUUGGAUGAUAACUUUGAGGCCCAUGUUUCUGAUUUUGGACUAGCUAAAUUAGCUCAGGAUGCAGAAAGUCACAUCACAACACGUGUCGUGGGAACAUUUGGAUACAUGGCUCCUGAAUAUGCAUCAACUGGCAAGCUGACUGAAAAAUCUGAUGUAUAUUCCUUUGGCGUGGUCCUUCUGGAACUAAUUACUGGAAGGAAGCCAGUGGAUACAUCUCAGCCUUCAGGGCAAGAGAAUCUAGUUGAGUGGGCCCAACCUUUGCUUGGUCGAGCACUUCAAAAGGAGGAAUUUGAUCAGUUGGCAGAUCCUCUCCUUGAGCAGAACUACGUUGGUAAUGAGAUGUUCCGAAUGAUUGAGGCUGCUGCAUCUUGUGUGCGCCACUCAUCUGCAAAGAGACCAGCAAUGGGACAGAUCAUGAGAGCUUUCGAUGGUAUGGCUAUACAUGAUCUGUCAAACGGGAUGAAAGUUGGUGAAAGUGCAAUACAUAGCGCUGCACUACAAUCUGCGGAAAUAAGUUGGUUUAGGAAAAUGGCAUUCGGUAAGCAAGAUUUUAGUUCGGAGUUUUUCAGUCAAAGUAAGCAGAAUAGUAUAGAGUCGAAUGAACAUCCUUAAGAGGAUUUAUAGAGCAAAAGGGCUUAUUGAAGUUAUGUAUGCAUCUGUUGAUAUAUCAAAGGUAUCUUAGCUUACAGAUGCUUUGGUUUAGCUUUCUUAAGUAAGUUCCCUUUUGGCUGGAUGGAGUAAUUUUUACUGCAAGUAGAGUGAAUUCUAUUGUCAUCUAUAAUCAUUCUUCUUUGGGAAGUUUAUUUAAUUUCUUUUUUCUUCUUCAAACUAUCUGAAAUGUAUGAUGGAUGAGGUUGUUUCUCCCUUAAUUAGAGCUUUCGGGUUUUA